AUGAACAAACUCCCUACCUUUGUUAAGACGAAUUCAAGACUACAAGAAGAGAUAAAAUCCUCCAUUUCGAAGGCCGCUGAUGGAAUGUUUUUGUUGGCUCUGAUUUACCUCGAUUCGCUAGAGGACAAGUUAACGACCAGGAAAAUAAGAAGAGCAUUGGCAAAUAUUCAGCAGCAACGUCAGGAUUCGAGUGAGAAUAAAAAAGCCCAGGUAUUGGGUCGUGCAUAUGAUCAAGCGAUGGAACGCAUCAAGGGCCAAAAGCCCGAUGGACAAUUUGACACCAUCUUGUCUGUUUGCGUUGGGCUGAUCACUCUGGACGAAGAAAGCAAGAUCGUCCGAUUGGUACACUAUAUGACUCAAGAAUACCUGCAGAAAACACAAGACCGCGGUGCUCAGGUUUAG